AUGGCGACGCGGUCGCGGAGCGAUGAAGAGGGCAACGCGCUGCUGGGUGGUCCGUCCUUGGUGGGCUCGGCCAUCGCGGUGCCUCAGUCGUUCGUGGCAGCCACGGCGUCGAUACUGGAGGAGGGAUACCAGAGCAAGCUCAAGGAGGCCAGCGACCAGGAGCAGCGCAAGAGUCGCAAGGCGCUGGCCAGACGCUGGUCCGAGCCCUCCAGCGACGACGGCAGCGUGGACCUGCUGGACGCGGCUCGCUUCGGACUGCUGGUCAACUACGCGUGCAUCGGCUUCCUGAACGGCCUGCUGCCGGCGCUCGUGUACCCGUUCUUCAAGCUCUACCUCAACAUGGACGGCUUCCAGGUCUCGGCGGCCGCUACGGUGGUGCGCCUGCCGUGGUCGUACAAGACGCUCUUCGGGCUGCUGUCCGACCACCUGCCGAUCGCCGGCUAUCGACGGAAGCCGUACAUGCUCAUCGGCUGGAUCAUCAGCAUCAUCGCGCUCGCAGGGCUGGCGUACAACCCCAUCGAGGCGCCGUACUACAAAGCCGGCGAGAUCCAACGCACGCGUCAAAUUGAGUUGCGCGUGGUGGAGAACGCAGACGCCGCCAACUCCGGAGGGCGAUACCUGCUCCGACUCCUCGUGGUUUGCGCCGGAUACGUCAUGACGGACGUGGCGUGCGACGGAGUCAUGGUGGAGAUGGCGCAGCUCGAGCCGAUGGAGGUGCGCGGCCAGGCCCAAGCAACGAUCUACAUGGUGCGCUACAGCGCCAGCUUGAUGGCGGGCUUCGUCGCGGCGCUGAGCUUCAACGGGCAAGUGUACGGCGGCACCUUCUCGUGGAGCGUGACGCUUAACAACGUCUUCUGGGGCUGCGCGGCUGUGGCAUUGCUCGGAUGCUGCGGCACUCUGCUCUUCUUCGACGAGACCCGCGCCGGCUCAAGCGACACCAGCAAGAGCAAAGCGAUCCCAGUCGCGCCGCUGCACGAAAUGUGGCGCAUUCUGCAGCAGCGCGCGAUCUGGCAGCUCGUGGCCUUCCACUUCUGGCACUCGUUCCUCACGUCCGUCAACUUCUCGGACCUUGCGGCGAUUCAGGAGUUCUGGGUGGGCGUCACGCCGAUCAACAACAGCUUGGCCGGCUGCGUCUCCACUGCGCUGGUGGUCUUCGCGACCUUCUUAAUGCGCGAGUACUUCCUCAACACUAGCUGGCGCUGGAUCAUGCUGAUAUGUUCGUUCUUCACCACUGUGGUCUUCGUCGGGGUGAAUCUGGUCACCACCUUCGACAUUGUACGCAGUCAAUGGUUCUACCUUGGCGGGCCCCAACUCGCCGCCAUCCCGGAGGGCAUGCGCAGCGUCGUGGCGGGCUUCGUCACCGUGGAGAUUGCGGAGCAGGGCUUCGAAGGCGCCACGUACGCGCUGCUGACGACCGUCCACAACUUGGCCUGGCCAUUCGCACAGAGCAUGACGAACCUCGUGGACGCGUACUUUGACGUGUCCGAUGCUGCCAUCGCCUCCGACACGCCCCACGUGCGCUGGCAGGUGGCGUACUGCCUCUUCAUCGCAGGAAGCGUGCAAUUGGUCGGACUCGUCACGCUGGUGCUGCUGCCCAACCAGAAGAAGCAGGCGCAGGAGCUCAAGCGCAACGGGGGAUCGAGCCGCCUCGCUGCUCGAGUGGCGAUCGUCGGCAUCUUGGCGACAUUGACGUGGGCCACCACCACCAACAUACUGGCGAUCCACAGCUCCACCGCGUGCUUGAUCAUCGCCGGCGGCCAAGGCUGUUGA